AGUUUUUUCCCGGAAAAAGCCUCCUUCAGGUGGGGAGGAGGAGUGAAGGGAGCAGCCAUGCAGGUGAAGGAGUAACUCAGUGUGACUGAGCUGCGGACACACAACAAAGCAGGAGACGCUGAGGGACGGACGCAGCGUCAACGACACACACGAACUCAUUCUAAUAACACUUUAAAUCAUGGCUUUGACGCAGCAGUCCGUCUUGUCCUUGCUCUUAUCGGAGGGAGGACGAGUGAAGAAGUCCGACCUGGUGAGUCGCUUUAAAGGCGCAGUUGACUGCGUCGAUCCCGCACAGAAAGAGCGCAACAGGGAGCUUUUCAAGACUUUCGUCAACAGCGUCGCCUUCGUCAAAGAGAUCGACGGUGUCCGCUAUGUUGUGAUCAAGAAAGUUUACCAUCAUUUGCUGAACAAUGUCCAGACUGAGGCGGGGAGAAGUGAAAGUGAAGAGGGCUCUAGGUCAGGUGAGCAGCAGCGCCCACCUGCGCCAGGUGUGGAUCCUGGAGCUGAUCGUGGACUGGAGGACACAUCUGCUGCUUCUGAACCUGAUCCGGAUCAGGCAAAUGAGGGCAGUUAUGGAAACCCACUGUCUUCUAUACAGCAGGCUCUGCAGAGGAGCCAACAGUCAGACUUUAAAGUGAAGAGGAUGCUGAAUUUUGAGAUUCAGACACCAGGUGACCUUUCAACAAGGGUGAAGGUGACUGCAUCCAAACCCUAUGCCCUGCCUCUGAGGACGCCGCCCAGCGCCACCAGGGUGGAGGUCUGCAAACUGAAGCUGGACCCCACACAGGAUCCAUCCAGGAACAAGAAGAGACCUCCUUCAGUGGAGGAGAGGACCAGCAUCAGCAGCAUCAGCAGCAUCAGCAGCAGCAGCAGCAGCUCGCCUCAGCUGAGGAGGGCGUUCAAGAGCACCAAGGCGUCGGAGGAGACAAACAGAGACGCCACCAUCUUUCCCCUGGAGCAGUCCGAGCACGAGUGGCUGGUGAAGUGUGCUGCCGGUCACUGGAGCCAGGUCUACGGCCUGCUGCUGAGAGACAGUCAGCUGGCCGAGAAGAGGGACUUCAUGUCAGGGUUCACCGCCUUGCACUGGGCGGCCAAGUGUGGCAACAGCAACAUGCUGAUUAAAAUCGUGGCUCUGUCCAGGAAAGGAGGCGUAGAUAUUGAUAUUAAUGCCAAAACCCACGGUGGAUACACUCCCCUGCACAUAGCCGCGCUGCACGACCAGGAGUUCAUCCUGAAUCUGCUGGUGACAGAGUACGGCGCUGACGUGAGGCUCAGGGACAACUGUGGGAAGAAGGCAUUCCACUAUCUGCACAAAGGCAUCUCCAGGGCUGUGAGAGUGAUGCUGGGUGAACCUCCAGCAGUCCAGCAGGCCCAGGACCGGGUCCCGCAGCAGGAGAAAGAGGAGCUGGACCUCUUCCCAGAUCUCUCCAAGGGUUUGCAUUCAAUCAGCCGCCUCUUCCAGCCUCACACGUCGGCCCACAAGAAGAAGCACAAGCACAGGCUGGGACUUUUCUCCCUGAACGAAGAGGAUAGAGAGGACAGGGAGGACAGGGAGGACAGGGAGGACAGCAGCAGCUUCAGAAACAGAUUACUGUCUGAGGUUUUCAUGUGAAAAGGAACAAAUUCAACAGAAAUCUGUGCUGAUUUUUAAGUCUUCUUCAACAAAGACUGAAAAAAUAAUGACUUGAAUCAGUUGUUUAUUGAGAUGAUUCAUUUACCUCUGGAUUAGUGGAGUUUAUUGUUUGUUUGUUUUAUGUCAACAUGUCUGAAAACCUUUGGUCUUCCUGCAAUGUCACAUGCUUAUGUUUCUGUAAAGUCUUUCAAAAAAACCUGCACUGUGAGAUAAAACCAGCAGGUAGCAGCACAAGAAAGACGUUUGUCCUAUUUAUUAGGCUUUAACAUCGACUUUCUGCAAAGUGAACAUCCAUGAAAUGCUUUAUUUUUCCUCUGAUGAAUCAGUGCUAACAGGAAAUACAUUUAUAACAAAGAACUCUUUCUUUGUUCCCGAUUAAAGAGACGGAUUAAGACUUGA